AUGUUCUUUGACUACGUCCUCAACGCACUGUACGGGUCGUGCGGUAUCGACAUGUGUUUCUCGCUCUUGCGUAGGCUGAGUGCAAACGAGCUGGCGAUUCCAGACGGGCUGUACAUCUCGCUGGUUGAUCUCGGCACCACGAUUGGUUUGAUUGAGCGCACGCUGCAUAUUGCGUACAACAUGGAGUGCGAAGGCUACCAUCUCUCAUCGAAGCAGUUGUACGCGUUGAUGAUGCGUUGUCACUCGGACGGCGAGAUUUCAGAGUUUGUGCGGACGUUUGUGCUGUUACACCAGGGCGUGCCGCCCCAGACUCCGCGCUUUGAGGUGGAAAUGUAUGAAGAUUUGAUAUCGGUGCUGACGCAAUUCAGUCGCAAAAACGAAGUCCCGAAAGUGCAGGAGCUGGCUAGAUCAGUGGGGUGCACUGAUUUGAUUGCUUGA